AUGGUGUCGAUUUUGAUUAGAAAGCUCAUGAUUGCACUCAUAUUAUGGGUCUAUCUAUCAUCUUCGAAAAAAAUACCUACAAGAGAUUACAACAAUAAGAAUUAUUUCGUGGUAGAGUUGCAAGCAUCAGACAAAAGUGAGCCUUUGAAGUCAUUUUUAAAGCAGCAUCAGGACUAUGAGUUUGAGCAUCCGAUUAUAGGACUUGAUGAUCACUAUGUUUUCAGUAUAAACAAAAGUCACCCUCACAAUGAAUUUUUGGGAAAUUUCAACUCAAACAAUGAACAUUUAAUUAAGAGAUCUCCUGGAUUCGAAGAGGACUUUGAUGACCUAGUUAAUAAUCAGGAUAUCAAAUCGAUCCACAUGCUACCCCCUAAAAGAUUAGAGAGAAGGAUGCCUGUUCCAAUGACAGAUGAAGAGAAGAAUAUUAUUGACAAGAGAGGGGGAGCAACGGACUCUGCCCAGGAAAGGAUUAAAAAGGUAAGUAAAGAGCUUAGCAUCAAGGACCCGAUUUUCAACCUGCAGUGGCAUUUAAUUAAUACGUUGUAUCCCGGUCAUGAUGUGAAUGCUUCGGGAUUGUGGUAUGAAGGGAUCACAGGUAAGGGAAUAGUUACAGCAAUAGUUGAUGACGGUUUGGAUUAUGAAAGCAUGGAUUUAAAAGAUAAUUUUAACUUGCAAGGGUCAUGGGAUUUUAAUGACAAUAGAAACAACCCUUUUCCGAGUCUUGCAGAUGAUUAUCAUGGAACCAGAUGUGCGGGAGAAAUUGCAGCAGUCAGAAAUGACGUUUGUGGUAUUGGUGUGGCAUACGAUUCUCAGGUAAGUGGAAUCAGAAUAUUAUCGGGAUCUAUUACUGCAGCAGACGAAGCAGCAGCCAUGAUGUAUGGUCUUGACGUAAAUGACAUCUAUUCAUGUUCUUGGGGUCCUACAGAUGACGGAAGAACACUUGCUCGUCCUGACCUCAUAGUCAGAAAGGCUAUGGUAAAAGGGAUACAAGAGGGAAGGAAAAAUAAAGGAUCAGUUUAUGUUUUUGCAUCAGGAAAUGGAGCUAGAUUUGGAGAUUCUUGUAAUUUUGAUGGUUAUACAAACUCUAUUUAUUCUAUAACGGUUGGUGCCGUUGACCAUAAAGGAAUUUACCCAACUUAUUCCGAAGCUUGCUCGGCUGUAAUGGUUGUUACAUAUUCUGCUGGGUCCGGAGAACACAUCCACACGACUGAUAUCAGAAAGAAAUGUACAUCCUUACAUGGGGGAACCUCAGCUGCUGCACCUUUGGCAGCUGGAAUCUACUCUUUAGUCUUACAGGCAAACAGCAACUUAACUUGGAGAGAUGUUCAAUACGUGUCAGCAUUAAGCGCAGUUCCUAUAAAUGAAGAUGAUGGCAAUUAUCAGAUGACGGCGAUAGGAAGGAAGUACUCUCAUAGGUACGGCUUCGGAAAGCUUGAUGCAUAUAAACUAGCGCAUUUUGCUCAGACAUGGAAGAACGUGAACCCCCAAACUUGGUACUAUUCAGAUUCAGUGAAUAUUGACAAGAGAGUAACAGUAACCAAUGACGACAAUGGGCUGAUGAAAAGUAUCGUGACCGUCACUGAGGAUGAUCUCAAGGUCACUAAUUUUAAAAGGGUGGAGCAUAUCACAGUCAAUGUGAAUGUAGAUGCAUCCUAUAGAGGUCGAGUAGGCAUUAAAAUUACUUCUCCUUUCGGAGUCGUGAGCAAUCUCGCAGUGUUCCGCCCUUUGGAUUCAUCUAAGUCGGGAUUUAAUGAUUGGAAUUUUAUGUCCGUUGCACAUUGGGGUGAGUCUGGAUUAGGUAACUGGACUCUUGAGGUCUUUGGUGAUAAGCAUCAGGAACCAAAUCAUAUACAUUUCAAGAGUUGGUCUAUGAAGCUCUUCGGAGAGUCUAGUAAUCCUGAAAAGGCAGAAAAAUUCGACAUUGGAAAAGAUUAUGCAGCGGAAAGAAGAGAUAGAUUAGAUGAGUUGAAAAAUGAAAAGACAUCUACGAAAGAAAAUGCUGUACCUACGACUACGAGCACAUCUAGUACACAGAAAAGCAAAGAAACUACCAAGGCGCCAAACAAAACAACAAGCAAAACGUCGUCAUCACAUACAACACUGACGAGCAAAGCUGGGCAAAGUGGACAUCAAAGUGCAACACUGGAUCCUGAGGAAGGCAAAAAUAAGCAUUAUACGUCUGACCAUACUGGUCAGUACUUUAUGGCCUUGGCUGUACUCGGGUUUAUUAUAGUCAUAGUGUUUAUGAGAUUCCACAAGACACCAGGUAGUUCCAGGAGAAGAAGAAGAAGAGACGAAUACGAAUUUGAUAUUAUCCCGGGCGAAGAUUACUCCGACAGUAACGUCGAAGAUGACGAAGACUCUUUGGACUUGGGUCCCCGAAACGACCAGAGACGGUACGAUAGACAGACAGAUGAAGCCAGAGAUAGGUUAUUUGAGCAGUAUGAUCCACUGGCUGACCAGGAUCACGACGAAAUGUUCAAGAUUGAUGAUGAUGAAGACCAUCAUGCGACAGAAUCGUUGUCUAAAUCUUCCCAUGCUGAACCUGAGAAUACCGAGGCCCGUCCUGACCCCAAAACUACUACUGCGGGUGACUCUUGA